UGCGCUUAAGGCCCAACUUUCCACAUAAGGUCUUCCAAAAGUAGCUACUUCCGAUCCGAUCCAAUGGUCCAUGGCAGUCCGCAAAGUUGCAAAGUUGAACGAUCUACCUAAAAAAAACAAUGCAGCAAAGUGGGAAGCCUUAUCUCUCUUAUGGUAAGGUAUGAAGUGUGCUAUUUUAGAAAAGUGAUCUACCACAACAAAUAUAGUCUUUGCACGUUUUUGUUCUAGUAGGUAAUCCUAAAAAGAAGUCCAUUGUCCAUACUAACUUCUUAUCAACGUACAUGUUGAAUAGGCAAUGGUGUAUAGUAAGGGACCAAGCGAAAUGGUUUUAGACUUAAGCUUUGUGGCAUGUAAUGCAUCGAUGAACAUGCCGCUCCACGUGUCAUAGUGGAUUCCACCAACAACCCGAUCUCACGUCUAACUUUUUAAAGGCUAAACAAGGACAAAACCCAGUGAUGUAAUACACCGUCGGAUGUACUAGGAAACAGCAAAUCACUUUUAAACGAAGCUGAGAAGCCAGAUUCAGUAGGAAGCUAACUUUUGCAAACCUGAACUAGUCCCUUUCUGAUCACCGAUGCGAGUCACCAAUCAUGUCGCUGCCGAGUAACAAAAAAUGUGAAAGAAAAAAUGGGGCUGCAUGGUGAUCUAGACAGUACAUUGGCAAGAAUGCAAGUAUUCCUAGCUGCUAGUAGCUCUUGCCACCAGCUGCUGUCAGAAAUGGCUGGUGUAUAAGCAAGAAACAUCAGUGCAGCGUUGGCACAUGACGAGAAGCAAGAAAAAGCAGUAGCCGUUAGUUACUGCAGGGUCUUGACAGCAGCCAGGGUCCGGGUUCCCUUGGAGUGGCAUUAAAGGCUGCAGAGUUAGAUGCAGAAGGACUGGAGGAGAGACACUAGCACGGUUGUUGCCUGGACUACGGGCAAGACAGCAAAUGUGGCCGCGCGCACACGCCAUUUUAUGAGCCUUAACCCCCUCCUGUUCCUCCUUUUUGUCACGCCACAAGCGAGAGUUCAGUACUUGCGCCAGGACCGCUGCUUCUUCUCCUAAGGCUAGCUGAGCGAGAAGAUGGGCAUGGCGACGAGGUGCAUCCUGCUCCUCCUCUCCGUCUCCGCCGUGUUCCUGCUGUUCAACUUCGAGGUCCUUGAGGGGGCUCUCCGUCUAGCAGGCCACGACGAGACUUGGAUCGAUGGCAGCACGGCCACGACCCAUGACAUCGUCGACCGUUUUGGUUUCCUCCCCAGGUUCAGGAUGCUGAUUGGUUUGCAUCAUCAUCGAGCACGGCACCGAGGGCAUCGGCAAAGCUCUGCAGCUCCAGCGCCAUCACCGGCUCCAACCCAUGAAGCGAGAUCAUCGUCGGCUCCUGCCCCUCAUUUCCAUCCGCAACGAAAGAGAAUGCCUUCUGCCCGUCAUCACAGCCACAUUGCCCCAGCUAGAAGUUCAGUGCGCAGAUUGGGAGACGGCCGCCACCAUACCAGGCCCCCCAAAGCCGCCAUUGUUGCUCUGGCAGUGGUUGGGGCAUGCCUGCUUGCUCUUGGAGUCGCCAUAGCAGCAAUGUUGCUCAGAAGAUCAAGGAAGUUACGGAAGGGGUGCUCAAAGCCGUUCAAACUGUUUUGCCAUGGUUCAAGAGCCCAGAGGUCACCUUCUGCCACCAGAAAGGUCAGUUCUCACCCAAGCCCAGAUCCACUCUACCUAAGUUCUGUCGUACAAUGCCACGAGAACUAUCCGAUCCUUAAACAAUCUUCUGAGUCCAAGAGCCUAUCCAUUAUCAGCACCUCCUCAAAGAGCAUAGAAUUAAUCACAAGUGAUCAUACUGUGAGAAUUCAGAACUCCCCGCAGUCUGAUGAAGCCGAGUCUUUCCAUUCCAUACCUUGUUCCCCUUCAUCAACUGGUUCCAUCACCGAGUUACCGCUGCAUAUCCGCGAUAAAACUAUGACCAGUCCAUUUCCAUCGUCUCCACAUACAGAUAAUUCACCAUCUAAUUGUUCAUAUCGAUCGUUUUCACCAGAUUAUAAAUCUCACUUGCCUCCAAAGAGUCCACUACCUACCGCUUCCAAUCACUUCAGUGUGCAUGGCACUUCUCAGUCCCCUUCAGAAGAAUUAGACGCAGAAAAAACUGAAGUAAACAGUCAAGUGAUAGUAAAAACAAAUGAUGUUUCUGGGUUGACAGAGCGUCAUGAGGCUCCAAAAGAAGCGCAGGCAAAUUCCAAGUUCUGUAAUCCACCAGAAACCAAUUCGCCUUCCUAUCACAAGGAUGCCUCUUUCUAUCACAUGGAUGCGUCUGCCUCCAGAACAACCAUAGCAUCCACCAUGUCAAACACUAAGGAAUCCACAGCAAGUUCAACUGAGGGAGCAAAACAUCAAAUGCCUAGUGUAAUGACUGUACCGAUAUCACCACCACCACCUCCGCCGCCGAAAAGAUCUCCCCCAAGUCUGGCCUGGAAGAACUCUGGACAGCCACCACUACCACCCGCGUUACCACUUCAGAUACAUGUUGGUAAAGACGGGUCCCCUCUUCCAAAGUUGAAACCUUUGCACUGGGACAAAGUAAGAGCAGCCCCAAACCGCUCCAUGGUGUGGAAUGAUAUAAGAUCAAAUUCCUUUGAAUUCGAAUUUGAUGAGCAGAUGAUCAAGUCUUUGUUUGCAUACAACUUUCAAGGCUUAGUGAAAGAUGAAGACGCCACCAGCAGGACUUUACCUACCACUAAACAUGUCAUUGAACAUCACCGACUUCAGAAUACUACCAUCUUAUUGAAGACCUUAAAUGCGACCACGGAACAAGUUCACAAUGCUAUAGCACAAGGCACGGGAUUAUCCGUACAACAACUGGAGGCGCUUGUCAAGAUGAAACCUACCAAGGAAGAAGAGGAAAAACUACUGGUCUAUGAUGACGAUAUCGACAUGCUAGAUCCAGCAGAGAAAUUUGUCAAGUUACUACUAGCUAUACCAUUGGCAUUCCAAAGAAUGGAGGUUAUGCUCUACAAGGAAACUUUUGAUGAUGAGGUGGUUCAUAUCAAAAUGUCCUUUGCAAUGAUUCAAGGAGCUUGCACUGAACUCAGGUCAAGCAAGCUGUUAUUAAGACUACUUGAAGCAGUACUCAAGACAGGGAACAGGAUGAAUAUUGGAACACUAAGAGGUGGUGCAAAUGCUUUCAGAUUGGACGCGUUGCUGAAAUUGGCAGAUGUACGUGGGGCUGAUGGAAAGACAACCCUUCUGCAUUUUGUACUUCAAGAGUUGGCCCGUUCCAAAGGAUCAAAGGCUGCAGAGAAGCUCGGUGAAACCCCCAGGUCUUGCCACGCCACACUAGCAGAACGGGAAGAAUAUUGCAAAACAGGUACAGAAUUCGUCUCUGAGCUAAGUAACGAGCUAGGCAAUGUCAAAAAGGUCGCAAGCAUAGACUUGGAUACUAUGAUGAAGUCAAUUUCAAACCUAUCACGUGGACUGGCUCAACUAAGAGAUCUCAUUGAGAAGGACCUGCCCAGAAAUGACAGGAACAAGGAAUUCCUGCAAUACAUGACAACCUUCCUAAAUUAUGCAGAAAACACUAUGCAAGAGCUUGAAGUUGGCAAAGCUCAAGUCUUGCACCAUGUUGGGGAGCUAACAGAGUAUUAUCACGGUGAGGUUGGCAAGGAUGAGCCCAACCUGCUCCACAUAUUUGUCAUCAUAAAAGAUUUUCUUGGUUUGCUGCAUAGGGUGUGCCGUGAGAUGAGGGGCAAAAAACAAAAUCAACCUCUCAACCUAGUACUUCCACUGAGGUGAAUAAUUUGACAUUCAGAUUAAUCAGCUGACCAAUAACAAAUUGACUGUUUUGUAUGCAAGUAUUUGUAUAGUGAUGUUACCAUGGAGAUCAGUUGGCAUUAACUGACAGUUUGUGCAUGUGUGUAAGGGUGAUAUCAGCAUGUAUUCUUUGAUUUGUAUGGCUGGGCUUUUCCAUUUUGUUGAAUAUGUUCAUAACUUGAUGCUAAUGGCUUAGAAGUUCUAAAAUUCCUUAUA